AUGUCUGAUUGUGUGGGACAGGUAAAAAUUUAGUUUGGACAUGUAAACCUUUAACAUCAGUUGUCCAUGGGACAAGCACAUUUUUGAUCAGAAAAAAUACAGAAACAGUUGAAAAUUAAUUGACUUCAUAUUGCAACCAAAUUUAAUAUAGUGCUUGUCCGAAGGACAAGUGGAUAAGAGAGUUCUUCUCUUGCUCUGAAAAGCCCCUCCCCCACCCCCAAGAUAUUAGCCCCCUCUAGCUUAAAUUGAAAUGAAUUUGAUUUUUUACAAUGUUUUGGAGCUUAAAAACCCCUCCUAAAACCCCUUAUGAGGUUGUUUGGAUAAGGCUUUUAGCAGAAAUCAAAGUUUAUGGUAAAAGAAAAUUGAUUCAAUGUUAAUGUUAAGAUUAAAAUAAUUUUAAACUACGUAGUAAAAGUUAAAAAUGCACAAAAAAUAAACACUUCAGAGGGGAGGAAGGCAGUGAGGAACACAAAAAUAUUAUGUAUUACCAGCAUAUUUGACAGACUGACAUACUGAGAAUUCACUCCAAUUUUAAUGGCCAAUAAGCUUCCAGAACUUUACAAGGCACCCAAAGUUUUAAUGGCAAACUUUGUCCACUUUUUGUUAAAAUCAUUGCAUUACUACUUUAAUACACCAUAGCCACCAAAAGCAGCAGCCAAGGGAAAAAAGAGUGCCAAGCUAACAAAAGCUGAGAAGGAAAAGUUAAAAAAGGAAGAAGCAGAGAGAAAGGCAAAGGAGGAAGGUGAUUGUUAAUACUGGUGGUAGUUUUAGUUUUAAGUGCUGAAAUCUUUAUAGUAAAGACUAUACUGACUAAGGCAUUAAUUUUGUACCAAAAUUGGGUUGGCCCUGACCUGUAGGACUACAAAAGAGUUGGUCUAUUUGUGUGCCCUGAAAUUCACUAGAAAGGUUAAUAAUAAUAAUAAUAAUAAUAAUAAUAAUAAUAAUAAUAAUGCCCAGUGGGGUAGAUCAUCUUGGAAUUACAUUGUCAAUUACAGACAGGCUACAUUGUCGACUAAAGACUACUCUUAAGACUUGCAAGUAAUGGCCGUCUGUAAGCAAAUUGUAAAACAGCUGAGAGAUGUUGCAAUUGGGGUAUAACUUAACAAAAUGUCAACACUUCAUACUGACAGUUUCCUAUUUAGUUAUACAAAUUAUGUGGGAUAGUAGUUACAUGCCUCUUUAGACUUGUUUUUUUAUGUAGAGUUGUUAUUGAGCCAGUAAGAGUUGUCUCUUCCUUUCAGAGGAGGCAAGGCUCCAAGCUGAACAAGAACAGAGAGAACGAGAAGAGCGAGAAAGACAAGAGAGAGAGGAAAGAGAGCGACUUAGGCAACAGGUAUUUCCAAGAAUAUUUGAACUCUCCUUACAGUUAUACUAGUAAUGCACUGUAUAUAUUGUUCCUUCUUCUUGUUUGGAUUGCCUUACUUGCAGCAUACUCAUAUGUGGUAACAAUCUUAAGUAAUAGACCCCUUAAGCAUAUGGGACCUCUCUCAUUUCCCCAUGUAGAUCAUGUGGUAACUAAUUAAGGAACCAUUUCUUUCCAAUUUUAUCUCAUUCACGUUCAUGCAAAUGUACGUGUAUAUAAAUAAAGGGACCUACAUUCCUGGGACAACAAGACAUGCCAGCUAAAGUAGAAAAAAGUGUUGGCAAAAGUCCAUAGUUUCUAGCUACAACUGGGAUCUUGUUUGUGCCUUUUAUGCCCAGAACCUUCAUAUGACAGGAUGUGUACUCUCCUAGUAUUCUUUUUUAGAUUACGCCAAGUCAAAUUGCUUAGAUUUAAUGGUCACUUGAUCUGCCUCAAGGUUUAGUGUCAGGUUUAUAUGUGGCUGUACCGUACUCCAGGGUAUUGUCAAGUUACUCUGUCGCCUUUCCUUUUAUAUUUUGACUUGAAUUAAUUUGUCUUAGGAGAGUGCCAGACAUCAGGCUGAAGUGGAUGAACUCAAAGAAAAGAUUGAAUAUAACUCUGAACAACUUAAAACUUUACUGCAAAAUGAGCGAUCAAAAGCGAAGGUUGGUGUAGUAAGUUAUUAGUGCUUGCAUGCUUAUGAGUGCUUUGAGACAUGACUAGGACAAUCUAUCAGGCUCAUGUAUGCUGUCAUCAUACAUUAACCUGUGGCAAGUGAAGUUGUUACCUUCUACAGACUAAUUUUCUAGCUCCUCAAAGUUUAGUUAGGACUUAUAAAAGCAAGCCUUUUUCCUUUAGUCAGACUGAUUUUAAAUUAAUUUUGUGUUUCAUUAAGUGUUUUCAUUUUUGGACUCACUAGUACUUUUUUCUGCGCAGUUGAUUUUAAAACUGCUGACUGCUGGAGCAUUUGAAAUAAAAUAAUAAAUUAAAAUAAACAUUGGGUUAAAUGUCCCACUUAAUACAGGGUGAAAAGAAAACACAAAAGAUUGCUUACCCUUUGGAAAAGCUUAGAGCAGUUACACAGGUCUACGAACCUGCUUUUUCACUAACACUUACUUCUUCUCAGGAAAUGUUUCUUGUCUGUCAGACCACUCAUACGUAAAACACGCUUAAGCCCUGCAAGUUGCUUCACUGCUGACUAUCCACAGGCUUUUGAACAGGACUUUUGGACAGUACUUUUCUUUCGUUUAUAACGUUUGUUAAAUUUACAGAUUACAAGGUGUCCCGUGACAACUUCUUUUCUUUGAUGUUAUACUGUGCUUCAUAAUGAAGUGCACAGGUUACAAGUUAGGACGUUUAGAAGAAGUUAAAAGAUUAUGAGAAAAAAAAAUGCCAUGCCAUUAUUUAAUAAAUAAGACUUGUAAAUAGAGACUUAAAGUAAGGAGAAUUUGUACAUUGAGGUUGUCAACAGUACUGAUAGACACUUAUUUCUAAAAUUUUAUUUCUGUCAAAUGUAUGGACUAAAGUUGAUGAUAUCCUCUAUUGUAGUGGGAGAGAUAUAUGCUGUGUGAUGGCAGUCCUGAUCCCCUUAAUACUUUUGAGCUGAACACUUACAUGAAUCUUUGGCGAGAUGACAAAGAAUACAAACCAUUAAGUAAGGUGCUCAAAGAAGCUGAAGAGACAUUGAAGGUAGUCCAUCAAAAUAUUUUACUUGUUUAUCCGGCUCAAGUGAGCAUAUUUUAAAGACCUUUGUAAACAGCUAUUUAGUAUAUAACUGACAAUAGUUUAAGCAAUAGACCACACUUUCAAUGGGUUUACCAGCGUGAUAGCCCAUGCGGGAUGUUGGGUGAGCACAAGAAAAGCUUGUAAAUCACAAGCUGAAAGCGACUCAUUUACGAGCUUUUCGAGUGUUCUCCCAACAUCCUAAGUGUGUUAUCACGCCGGUAAACCCAUAGAAAGCGUGGUCUAUUGGUUUUAUGAAAUAACUUUAAGUUUUCUACGAGUUUACCGGCACAAUAAACCAUAGGUUUUUAACCAAUCAGAGCAUGCGUACUAUCUUAGUUAUUUUAUAAAUUAUGAGAUAUAGAUGUUACAGGUUAACUGUAAUUAUAUUCAGGUUAAAAUUUUUUAACAAUUUUAUUUCCUUUGUCUCAUAGCCCUAGUUCAUGAAUAAUUAGGAAAGGAAAUUGAGAAUCAACCUAGGUUAAAAAAUUUUAACCUGAAUUUAAUUUUGACAUGUAACACAGACACAAUAAAUCUUCAGGACUUUGUUAUAGACACUCAUUAGCCUUUUGUGUGUCAUUUCUUUGGUACUUAGUUACACUGUAUUUGUAAUGAUAGAAUAAUCAAUCUUAAUUUUAAGGAAAUAAAAGCAUGACUUCCAAAGAGUAUAAUUUAAAAACUCUAUUUUUGAUAGUUUAUUAAAGUGCCUCUACAACUCGGUACAGAGAAAGUGAUUAGAUGUAUUUUUUAAAAUUAUUUUGAAAUUAAUCUUUUAGAUCUUAGAUUAAGACCUUUUGUUGUUAGCUCCGUAUUUUAUUUGAAUUUUCACUGUAAUUUUAAUAGUUAGUUUAUACGACCCCACAAAAUUUUUAGCUUGAAAUUACAUUGUGUCAAAAUGAAAUUUUUGUUUUAUGUUUGUUAUGAUUAUGUACUGAAGGGUAACUGUCUAUUCCAAAUGCUGUAAUAUUGUUUGUUCUCUAGAGCUGACUCCAUAAAUUAUUAUCAUUAAUCACUUUAUUUUGCAACAGCUCAUCACAGAAAUGAAGAAUUUGAUAUUCAGUUCAGAGGAGGAAGGCUUUACAGAAGAUGACACACAACAGCUUAAACAGGUAACUCCUGACACAAUGAUUUCAUUAAACAUACAGUGUAUACUGUUUGUAGAAUUAAUAUAUGUUGUGGUUCAGUUUAACCCAUUCGCCCCUGAACCGCCCGUAACCGCCCGUGCAGAUCCACGUCCUUUCUACCCUUUGUGACGUCAUCAGUUUUAACGGUCAAGGACAACUUUGUCUGCUAACUUGUGCAGAGUGAAGAGAUCUCUCAAUCCAUACCAGAAUGAGCAUAAUUCAGUCAAGGACACUGGAGAAAGAGGCAAAAAACCAUGUAACAUUGACCUGAAAAUCUCCAAGGAAAUCUUGUUCCAUUGCUCACCUACCUUUCCUUUUACCUAAUCCUAAGAUCCUAAAAGGUUUCCGAAAAACUAUUCCCACCAAAAUGAAGCCAACUAAAUGCCCAGCAAGAGAAAAAAAAAUGAGGCAAGAAAGCGAAAAAAGAAGGGAGGAGAGAAAGCGAAAAGUAAAAGUCAAGACUGCUGUGUCACUUUUAAACCCAAAAACUAUCUCGAAAUUUUGCUUUCUGUGCAUGCCCGAACUUCGCAAGCUGAUAUUUUGCAUCUGGAUCAGAAGGCUGUGAAGUGUACGACCUGUAAACCGGUUUGUGGUAAGUUUUAGCUCUUUAUAGCACGACAGUGACCAGAAAACCACUCGACUAGCUUCAAAACACUUUUUUCGGCAAAAUUUCCAGGAGUGAAUGGGUUAAUCUUUGCUUUAAAUUUUAUUUUCCUAGGUUUCAAAGUAAACUCAUCAUCAUUCAUUGCCAUGCAUAGCAAUAAACAAAGGAACUGAAACAAAAUUGAACCAUAAUAUUAUAUAUGUUGUGGUUCAAUUUUUUCCUUGGUUUAAAUUUUAUUUUCCUUUGUUUUGGGGUAUGAUAUAAGUGUAUUAUAAUGAAACAAAGGAAAAUAAAAUUUAAACCAAGGAAAAAAGUGAACUACAACAUAUACAUGAUUGCAUAUUAUUUUUAAGUAAAUUCUUGUUAGUUCAAUGGCUAUGCAUUAAUCAACAUUAUCUAUUUUUGUAGCUAAUUUUUAACUGAAUUGGGUUUACUAGACCUUACCUUUUUUCUUUUACAGUCAAUUUUUCAGCUUGAACAGUUGAUAAGUUAUAAACUGGAUGAGGCUACCAUGAAUCUGCUACAGGUAAGACUGUUUAACGUUGCCCCGGACAAAUUAGUAGAGAGCUUAAGCAACAGCGAUGGCAACGGCAACGAGAACUGCAAAAAAGCAAUAGGUUUAAAUUUAUUUAGCAAAACAAAAACUUUGCAUGUGCAUCACCCUUUUUUGUACAUUUCUGCCCAACUACAACAUGAAAGUGCCUAAUUUCACGUUUUGGAGAAGACAUGAACACAUGACAACAACUUUUUUAGAAGUCAACUCCAGAACAAAUCAUCAGCAUUUAAUGAAUUGAACAAGAUGGAAUAAAGGCAGUAAUGUUUGAUCAGCGCAAAUUCUGCCAUUGCUAAUGUGUAGGAGGAGCAUUCGCCACCAUCUUAACUCCAUUAAAGAGAAAGAGCGUCACUUGAAAAUAAAAAAGACCUUUGCAAUUGCCUAUAGUGGUAGAUUAUGAUUUUACAUAUCUUGUACAGUAGAAAUCUUUCAAGCUCAGUUAAAUUCUUUUUUCACAAACCAUUCAACUUGAAUACAUGUGUGAAACCCUGUGUAAUAACAACCAGCCUGUAAUAGUCCAUUAACACACUUACUUACCCACUGCCUGUAAUGCCCGCUGGCAUAAAGCGCAGCAACAAAGGUCCUCCACUCCUGUUCACUGUUUAUCUGUCUGUUCUUGGCCAGGUUCUGGAUGGUACUCCAGGCGUGGUGGGGGGUCUUCAUCUCUCCUUCUACCAUUCGUCACCAGGUGUUCUUCGGUGCCUCAACCUCUUGCGCUUGCUUGAUGGUGUCCAGAGACACACACUAAAUCAUUUUGGUGUCCAAACACUCACUAAAUUAUUUUGAAAACCAUCUUGUUAAUACGACUAGAUUUCCAUGACCCUUGGGUGAUUUCUCAACAUCUUGUUUAAUUUGACAUUGUUAUAGAAUGCUUCUGAUGAUGUGGAUCCUGAUACACAAAAUUUGCAGUUCACAAGCACUUCUCAAAAUAUGACAGUUUGUGUUUGGGGAAACGUAGCCAAGAAUCCUAGGUAUCGUCAUUUAAUAUGUUUUUGAAUGCUCUUUUUAAAAUAAUUUAUUUGGAAGGUAUUAAAGUUUUGCAGUAGCAUCCAAUAUUGUUGGACUGAACCACAAGCUCCUGAGUAGUUAAGAAGUAUGUGGGUUUGUGUCCGGUUCUUUGUUUCAGUAUUAGUAUUGUUUUGUCGUCACUACACAAUUGACAUUUCUGAAACAUUUCAGGUGUUCAAAGAUUUCAGAAGUUACACAUUGUAAACUUCCUUCUGAGCAUGUGUUAAUCACUUGGCUCCUAAAUUGGAUCAUAUGAAUGUUCACUAUUUUUGCAGGGUCAAAUCCUUCUCAUUUGAAAAGAUGGGACUCUCAAUGGAAAUCCCCAAAGUUCUUGCUGUUGGAAAUGUGGCUGUUCGUAUCAUGUACACCAAGUAUGACCACCUGUCUCCCUUGUCCAAGUCAUUUUACCCUAAGCUCAAAGUGAAACCUCCAGAAGUGGUGGUAGAAGAAGCAGAACCAGUGGAAGAGACAGCUGUUGAUGGGGUAAAUAUUUCCACAUAUAACUACUGACAAAAGUUAGUCAUGCACUAUGCCAUCCACCUACUUCGUGUUUUGGCUGGCUAUACUUUUCCUCCAGGGCUCAGCUGUACUAAGACUGAUUAGCGCUAACCCGAGGUUAAAUUUUAAUCUGCAUUCAAGGCUCGAAAUAAUUUGCGGAGAGCCUUCAGACACGAUGACCGGCCAAUUUCAUUUUAGCUCGGUCACUUAUCGUUUCUGGCCGGUCAAAUUUUAACUCUUAAAACAAGGGCCCAUGAACCAAAAAUGGCUUUAUAUAUUCCAAAAAACAGCUAUGGGUUCAGAUAUUUCGCGGGUUCGCGUGGCCGCGAAAUUUGUUGGAAAUCCUAUCUAAUACAUGUCGAUACAACAUAAUUGAAAGUUAUCUUGGCUAUUGGGGCUGUUAAUUGCCGUCACGUUCAUCCCCACGACGAGCGAACAACGUUUCAAAACUACCAGGCAUAAGUUAUGUUGGGAACAACUGGGCACUAGUCAUGAUGUUUUAAAAAGCUUUGCCAGCAGCUCAUUUCUCGAGCGCUUUGUAGUUAAAAUAGCAAGUGAUUAUCUCUGUUAAAAAACUUUAAACACGCUCGUCAAAUCAGCGCAAAAUCGAUCGAUUUGUAGUGAAAUUUGUCCAGAAAAUUCCACGAAAUCGGCCGCUUUUACCUAUUGUUUUUUGGCGAAGUUAGUCUCGAAAAUUUCCACGAAAUUCCCGCGAUAUCACCCGAUUUUUUCGCGAAUCUCUCGAAAAAUCCCGCGAAACUUGACUUUUUUUCUCCGCAACCAAUCAGACGCCCUGUGUUGCUUAACUCAUAAAAGUGAAAAUAUUCUUAAUUUUGUGACCGAAAGCAUGUGAACCCCAAUGUCUGUUUCAAUGCGCGAAUUGUAAACAAUGUUUCUAGUUGUAUUUCACCCAGGAUUUCAGAUCAAUGUUUCGCAAUGCACAGCGACUCGCUACAUACUUAUAACAAUUGAAACAACUGAUUUCAUUUUCAAUACGAUUGAUUGUGACCAGUCAACAUGACCGGCAAGACGAAAAGUUGACUGGUCAACUUCCCAAUCAGUCCGGUCAUUGUCCGUUGACCGGCCGUUAUUUCGAGCCCUGGCAUUUCUUUUUCUUAAUUUGUUUGAAAGCAUUUUCUUUGAUGAUUUUCUCUAUCUUCUUUAGAGCAUCCUGUAUAGUCCCACUGUAGACAUAAGGAAUUAAGCUGAAUUUUCCUUAAUUUUAAUCUUUCACAUCUGAAUUCAAAUGUUGCACCGACCCUGGGUUAUCUUAAUUCAGCUUUGAAACACCCGGCCCAGGUGACCAGCAAAAAUAACCACCAACAUCAUAUCUUUAGACCCCCAAGCAGCUAUUCUGCUGGGUCAUUCCUCUGACUAUUAGUCAAAAUCAGCUACCCAUUUCAGCAAUAUAAUAAUGCCAGCAACUUAAAACUUUCUCACAACCCCUGGCAAAUUGUUUCCUCAAGUUGUGUGAUGUAAAACUCCUUAGUAACUGACUUAUCUCCCACCCUCUUAAGAAAAAACAAAGAACCAAAGGAAAUAUCUGUAAAAACACCUUGAAUUGGAGCAAGUAGGUCCUCUAAGACAGCAGUAGUUUUAAUUCCUUAAACUCAAAUAAGUUUACAAAAAAUAGAUUGUCUUUAUACAAUCUCCGAUUGUUUAUAUCAUGAUUGUCUGUUUAGUGUACACACUGCCAAAACUCUUUCUAACCUAAUGUGGCCAAUUAAAUAAAAGCAUGGGGUUUGUUUGGGGUCAUUAGUUUUAAGUCAUUAAUUUAUUGAUAGCUUUUGGAUGUUUUUGUUGUUGUUUGGUUCUGUAGACUGGUGAAGGUAACGAAGGAGAAGACAAGGAAGGUGCUGAAGAUGCCCUGCCCCCCAAGUCUGCCUCACAAGCUAGUAGAGCAAGCAAAACUAGUAGAAAGAAGGUGAUUGCAAAGUAACGUUAUUCACAUCUGUGGUUAUUUUAAUUUCAUUCCGCAAAAACCAUGCAUUUUUUGUGUUUAGUAAAUUUUUUUAUCUCAGGUAAUUUUUAUUCUUCCUUUGUUUUAACCUCAUUAGCAUACAUUACCCAGGGCUUAAAAAAAGUCCCAUCCAGUCGUCCAGGACAAACAGAUUUUCUUCAAAGGCAAAUAAUUUUUAAAUUCACUCACCCAAUGAGCAAGGGUCUAAGCAAGUCAUCUUCUAACUAAAUCAUUAACUAUAAAAACAAGCAAGAAGUGGCCCUACAGGCAAGCAGAAUGUGAGAGCUGCUUGCGUGAAGGACAAGCUGGAAUUCAAUUUUUUUUCAAGUCUUGAUUACCAUACCCAAAACAAAAGAAAAGCCAACAUUACCUGAGUUAAAAAAUUAACUACUUUACAUUCGCUCAUUAUAAAUUUUGAGCGAAUGUAGAGUACAGAAUCAAACUCGAUUAACACUAACUUCUAACAGUUACUAUAAUGAUUUGUAAGUUGAAAUGUAUAUUACAGCCAUUUGUUUAGUCUGUGAAAUACAUAGUCACUUUAUUUUUUGUAUAAUUUAUAUUAAGCAUAGUGCACUGUUUUGUUGUCUGAUUUAGUACGCAGUGUUCAAUAGUGACUUCACAGUUUUAGUAUCUUUAAAAGACCAGGCCCGUGUUGCUCAAAGCAUGGUUAGUGCUAACCAGGCUUCGAGCAACCGGCCCCUGCUUGAAUUCUAAAUUUGUUAAACCCAGAACUUAUAAGUCUAAAACAAAAGUGAUUCAAAAUUUGGAGUAGUAUAAAUAGUUUAAAAGCAGAUUAAGUAACUGCAAUUAAACCAGAUCAUUAUACAUAACUUUAAAAUGUGCUGAAUUUAAAUAGAAGAUAUUACACGGUGGCGCGAAGAUAUGAAUUUUAUUUUCAAGUGGCAAAACAAUAUUUUACGAACAAGCGCAGCGAGUGAGUAAAAUGUUGUUUUUGCCACGAGAAAAUAAUAUUCAUAUCUUCAAGCGCCGUGUAAUUUUUUUUUUUAUUAUAUAGACAAAAUGCCAUUGAUAUUAAUAAUAGAGAAAAAUUACCAAAAUUACGUCAUCAAUAAUCUCACAUGUGAGAUUAUGGAAAAUAAACCUAUUCGGGUCCCGGAUGUAGCUUUUAUGAAUUUUACAAGUGGUAUAUUUUCCAGUAAAACACACGUGUCUAUAUAAUAAAUAUUGGUAUUAAUUAUUAUUUAAUAUUCAUUUUUGGUUAUCAUUUUUUUUUUCUUUUUACAGAGUGGAAGAGCCAGCAGUGGCAAGAGCACUCGGAGCCGUAAAGCCAGUGCCAAGAGUGUUAGAAGCCAGGCUAGUGAUCGUGAGACUCCGCAAAAUAAAGAAGGGGAGAAUAAGGAAGCGGAGCAAGAAGGUAGGGUGUGUAAGUGACAGAAUAUAAUUUUGCAGAAGCAAAGUCACUGUACUAGGAAUAGAUAACAACUGUUACCUAUAAGGGAGCCGAGAAAUUUUGGAGAUUUGUUGUCUCUAUAUUGUCAUUUCCCAAGGCUGGGUACUGCGAUUAGGCAGUGGAGAGAGAGAGAGAGCCAGUUUCACCCCACAAACUAUCAGGAAAUAGGAAAGAAAAAACCUCUUGCACCCAGGGUAACAUAUCAUAAUUUAUUAUAUAAUUACCAAUGAAAUAUCAGGUGAGCUUUUGCACGAAAAUAUGAUAUCUUCACAUGUGAAAAUAACAUGUUAUCUUCACACGUGAAAAUAUCACCGUUGCUAUGGCAACAUGAUAAAUCCCAUCCUUCACAGCCAAAAAAAAAAUUAAAUGGUUUGGUACGUCAUUGAUGUUUAUGUAAUAAAUAGAACAUUACAAGGCAGCUUGGAGAUACAAAAUUUCUCUUCUCGAGUGGAAAAAAUGUUUCACUCGUUUGCUACGCUCACUUGUGAAAUAUUUUUUGACACUGGAAGAGAAAUUUUGUAUCUCUGCUCAGCCAUAUAAUAUCCUCUAUGUAUGUCCCACAAAAUAGUUAUUUGGGUAUUACAGUUCCUGGUAUGUCCAUCUUAAAUGGAGACCUGGCCAGACAUAUGCCCUUUCUAAGAAAAAAGUAUUUGCAGUCCUGUUUUUUGUUUGAGCCUUUGUUUUCUUAAUGCACAGCCUUGCCUGUGUUUCACUUAAUAAAGUCCUGUAGCUCCUGUCCUGUACUCUGAUUUUUUACAGAAGGAGGUGAAGAGAAACCUGGUUCAGCUGAUCAAGUAGGUGAUGAGAGUGCUACAGGUUUGGAGGCCAGUGGACUGGAAGAAGAGGAGGAAGAGGAUGAUGAUGUGGUAGACUUGCGUGCAUUCAGUGCCAUUGGUCCCGUCAUGUUUAUUGAGUUGCUGGAACUUCCACCUCAGCCAAAAAUUGUUAAGGGGUGGAUUAUGCAACAGAGUAAGUGCAGUGUUCAAUUUAGGCCAUGUUUUCACAUCAUGAUGCGGAAUAUAAAACUAAAAUUAUCAUGGAGUCAUAGUGAUGCAAAAAAGUUACCUCAUACAUAAGUACUUCCAAAGUAGAAAGCAAUACAAUAAUUAGUAAAUUGAUAAAAAAAAUAGGUGUGCUUAUUAGCCUGAAAUGAGCAUUUCAAACUACUGAGUAGUUUUUGUGUCAGCGGGGCUCCAUGUAAUUCUGAAAAAGACUGGAGCAUACAUUUCGUUGUUCUGCAUACAUUGCUUUGCCGAUCGAUCCACACCAGUUCAUUGGUCAACUUAGUUCUUUCAUUUUUGUUCCAUCAUGAAACAACAGCAAAAGCUAAGUUCAUUUUUUAUGCAAAAGAGAAUGGCAGUUGAGUUGUUUGAGCGUUUUUUGUCAGCUCUUUUUUUUUUCAUAAUUGUCAGUCAUUCUUCCGCCUUACGACUAUAAUUAGGCCAAUUCAUACAGCUCUACUACCUGCAGUUCCAGCCUCCGUGUUGAUGUUAUUUUAUUGUUUUCUAUAAAGGAAUUAAAACUUUGAAAAGCAAAAAAACUAUAAUAUACUGGUGAUCUUUUCGAUGAUGUCAGUUGUUUAAGAUUUCAAUAUCAUAGUUUGACCCAGACCAAGUUUGUAUUUAAUAAUGACCCAGUUUAAGUCAGUGACUUGCAUAUUUAUUACGGUAAGCCUCAUUGCAUGUGAUAAUUGUUUAGAAUAUGACUGUGCAAUAUAUACAGUAUACCACUUCUUAAGCAAGAGUGAGGUCAUUACAGGGAAAUCUCAGACCAAGGCCUUGAUGUGUUGAACGAGCAAUAGCGAGGUCAAUAUACCAGGGCUGAGAUCUGAGAUUUCCCUGUAAUGUCUGAACAGACAAGGUUAAUAAGUUAUUUAUUAUCUGGCCCCUUACCGCUAUUAAUAGAAAACACCGAAAGUAGUUGAGCCUGCGAUCAAUUAAAACCAAUAGCUGGUCAGAGGAUAACUUUAAAAAAACACUUCACCUCAAUGAGUUGUACACUUGAGCCUGGGAUACAGUCAUGUGGCACUGGGCAGUAGAUACCCUUUUUUGACAGCUGUCAAUUGACCAUAACAUGGAUGUCCACUAUCAAGUUAAACACAGAUGGUAAAUGCUUUGGACACCUAGCUAAUAAUGCCUGGUCAUUACAUGAAAAUCUUGCCCGCUCAGCAGCCAAUCAGAAGCAUACAGUGUACUAUUGUAGCCAUAAAAUAAAUAUAAAUGGUAACUAAAUAAAAUGAUAAAUAAAACAUACAGAAUUGAUCUCAUACUCAUAUUCUUCUUACUAGCAAAAGUUUUUAUCAGCUAUUCAUUUUUGCGCUAGCACUUUGUCCCUUAUGGUGACUACAUGUAAGUUAAGGAUAAAACAAAAUUUUUUUCUGACAAAACUUUUGUCCAUUUUUAGUUGUGUCAUCAGAGCUCAAACGUGAGAAUUAUCAAGUUGAAGGACAAACAGCCUCAGAUUCUAACUCGGCUAAUAGUACCCCUGCCCCACCCAACUCAGCUUCUGCAUCUCAGGUCCAAGUAUCCAAUCCACCAGUCAUGGUUACAUGCAAGUGAGUUUUUUAUUACAGUGUACUGGUAAUGUUAAUCUGAUUAAUUUUUCCAUGACUGUAUCACUUUGAAAGCAGCUUCCCUCAAGGUUUGUUUUGCUGACCAGUGAGUUCAGUCAUCUCUUGCCACUGUGGGUUGUACACCUUAGCACACACUAUUUGGCCUGUCCGAAACCUGCACAGUGCCAGAAAUGAUCAGCCGCCAUAAUUUGUGGUACUGUACAGGCUAAAACUAAGGCCGUACUCAAGAGUGAGGGCACAGUUUUUUCCUAUAAGGUUCGACCCAUGGGUAGGCCAACAAAUAGUGACGUUAUUAAGUUUCAGAAUGUGGCUUUAUUUUGCAGCUUUUGACUCACUUUAUAAUACAUCAUAGAUAGUGAUCAGUAGUGUGCAGGCAUAUUGAACACUUAAACUCUGAAGAUGACUACCACACAGGUUGUUGCAACGUCAGUCACUGUCACCAACUGACAAUGACUCCUGGAUUCAAUCCUUUCACAAAAACAAAAGAAUGGCAUGUUUUUUAACAGAUCGUUUUUGUGAUGUCUCUGAGUAAGAAGUACCUAGAUGAAUAAACGAAUGAUGCUACCACUUAGACUAAAUAAAACUAAAACUGCUGUAAAAUACAGAAUGAACAUCUUAAAAUGGUAAGAAGUACAAAGUAAACUAAGUCAACUUGUUUAUUAAUUUGCAACGGUCAAACAUUGCUUUUACAAAUAAUUCAAGCUGUGUAAACAAAGGCUUGUUUUAUUUCAUAAUUCUGUAUACAUGAGAGUUUAGUAAACAUCAAACUUAAGUAACAGUCUACUCGUUUUUGUUUUUUAAGAGUCAAUAGUCAAUUUGGUACUACAUGCCUCAUUGACUAUUGACUCAUAGAAAACUUGAAUGUAUCAUCAUUCUAAUAAUGUUGUUAAAUGUAAAGAAACAAUUUUAUAAUUUUUUUAGGGUGUUGUCGCUAAUAACCAAGUAAUAAUAAUUGUUUUCACGUACCAGGCUGCCUUCAGAUGUGAUGUAUUUUGAACCGCCCCAGCUAGCAUAUUGGGAUUCAACCAAAAACAACUGGAGACUUGAUGCUCUUACAGACUCACAGUACAAUGAAGGUAUAUCGAUUAAACAUUCAUAAAAUAAAAAAUUUACCAACAAAGAGCACCAGCCUGUGUCCACCCUUUGUGGUCAGCAAUGUUCACAUACACUCAUGUGGCCUUGACGAUCUCAAGAAGAAGAAGAAGAUUAAAUUUUAUUUCACUCAGCUCCGUUACAUGUGACACAGAUUGAAAAAAAAAGAGACAAAUAAAUACAGUUACAUAAGUAACGAUUAAAAAUUGUAGUCUCAAGAUAAGGGGCUAAUUGGAAUCAUCCAAAUAGCAAAGGCUAAUCUAGUGGAUGACCCCAAUAAUACAAUAAUUAUUACACACAGAAUAAUAGAAUACAGUUUUUUAUAAAAAGUAUUUCUUCACGCUAAGGUAGAUGAUUAAUUGUUAUUGGAAUGAAAAGCACUUAAGAAUUGUGAGAAUUUCUGAAUGCAGUCUAGCUGGUGGUUAAAAGCUGUUCACCUGCUGUUUGGAGAGCAAUUAUCUGUAUUACUAAACCUGCCUUAGUUUAUAACCCGAAUUUGCUGAGAAACAUGCAAAUAAUAAUCCCCCAAAAAUUAUUAUUGGAUAAAGCUGAGUAUGAUCGGAAGAAUUAUGGAGAACAAGGAGUGUGUUAUCUGCCAAGGCUGAAGGUCUGUUAGGACCAGGUUACCUGCUAUAGGACUGGCUGCCAAUAGUGGAAUCUCCUUGGUCUCAGGCACCCAUCCUCCUUUUAGUGAAGCUGAGUUAUUAAUUAAAAGCAGGAACAUAUGACCCUGAAGCAUCUAAAUUCCUCUUAUUUGUUUAGAACCGCCCUGGGUUUUUUUAGCUGUCCAAUCAGAAGCACGAAAUUUUUCCCCAAAUGUGGAACCAGAGAAUUUAAGGAGGGUCAUAUGCUUCUGUUAAAAGCUAAUUAAUAUUCUAAAGAUAUCCUCAUUUCAAAAAAUCAAUUUGGCUUUAACAUUUAUUGAUAGAAGAACGAGUUGUUGUCUUCAAGAUCUCCAACUUUGGACCUGUGGCCACCUUUCAGGUAAGUUGAUGCGCUAUUUGUAUCAGGGGAUUUUAAGUCUUUCUGUGUAGCGAACAUAAAGAGGUAGCAUUGAGUUAUAGCCCCAACGGUCAUUGGCUGGUUAUUGAACAAGUAGUCUUGACUAUUGUAAGUAUACCUUGUCAACACUGAGGCCCAUCUGUUACUCUUUGCUUAUUCCUUUCCUUUGAAAUAAAGAGGGGAACCUUGUUUAUGGGCUUUCAUUGAGGUCUUUCUUUCUAGCCCGCUUCCAGGCAAUGGACGGGGAAGGGGAAAUUAGAGCGCAUCAGAGCGCGAGGGGCGCACAAGGAGCGUGCCUCAUACAACCUCGCGCGCCCGAAUUCCCCCUUUCCCUUCCCCUUUUAACGCCUGUGACACAGGCUACAUUUGAUCAAGUCGCUUAAAACUACUGAGUUAACUCGUUUUAAAAUACAUUUUGCUUAAUAUUUAUCAGGAUCUGUACUUGAACAUGCCAUUCCAGUCAUGGGAAUUACGUCCUCAUGCAACAAAUAGCUGUCUUUUUACUCUCAUCGCAGCCAUCAUUGAACUAGAAAUUGAAAUUAAGGUAUGAACUACUUAACAAUUAAUGAAUGGGGCUGAGUAUGUUAUAAAGAAUUAUGGAGAUCGAGGAGGGUGUUAUCCGUCGAGGCCGUAGGCUGAGGCGGAUAACACCCUCCGAGAUCUCCAUAAUUCUUCAUAUGAUACGAAAGCUGAAUUCAAUAAUUGUUUUAUCAUUCAUUCAAAAUAAUUCCUAGUUUAAAAACAUAGCUAAAACAAGCUUACCUGCAUCGAUGUUAAGGUUUGUCCAGCCCCGCAAAUAUUCUCCAAAUAGCAGAUGUCGCCCUCCGAGUUGUCUUGUUGCUGUUUUUGCCAUGUUUUUAGCCAUUAUUUCACCUAGUUCCAGCUGUGGUUCUUACUCUUGAAACGAGUGAAGUGUCCGCCAUUUUAGUUUUUACAACGAAAACAACUCAAUCUCGUCCCCAGGUCUUCUCGGUUAACGGUGCAUUAACCUGUUGAAGGCUGCAUUUUUGACGUCAUUUCCUCGUUAAACACAAAAUUCUUCCAAAUUUGGUCAUCAGUAGCUGGUUGUGGUUAAUUAUGCGUGUGCUUUUAGACAAUCAGAAUUUGGGAAAUAUUUUGAAUGAAUAAUAAUUUGACUUAAUUGAUGUACGCUAAAUCUGAAUGCGAAUUUCAAACAAGGACCUUUAACGCUCCUUUUAAUUUUGCUACCUACAGAAUUCUUCAAAGUUGGUAAAAUUAUGAAACAUUACAUUCCUUGACUGUAACCAUUCUAGUCACAGUUGUGUGUAACAGAAAGAGUCCUGAUUUUUGGAGAUGAUUCACAACGUUUUUCAGUACCUCUACUUUAAUGGACAAAUACUGCAUCUCCGUGGUGAAUGAUGCAAAGAAAUGGCAUCAAACAAUGUUACUCAUCGGUAAAUACGAACGGUCAUUUUGGACAUUUCCAAUUACCAUAGGGAUGGUAUCAAGAUAUAGAAACGCCAUUAAUUUCAGCUUUCUGUGUUUAUAACUCAACAACACCUACACAAACCGCAUAUUGUUGGACUGUAAUUACUAGCAAUGACAAUAUCUAACUUUGCGCAAGUGAGUGCACUGACCUUGAAUUUUUGAACAUUAAAGGUGGCUCCAAACCCAUUUAGGACCAGACAAAUUACUAAACUCUCUUUUUCAUAUUCUUAUAGCCUGUGUAGCAACCAUUUCCGCAAAAUGUGGAGACUAGGGAGGGGUAACGGAAAAUCAGAAAGGCCAGAACAUUUUUCGGAUAAGAGGGAAAAAUCCUGGCAACGUUGCAUACUGUAUUAAAGUGUAGUGUUAGAAACUUAGAUAUCCAUGUACACAUUUAUGAAUCGCAAUGUAGGACUCCAUGUGUGCUCUGACGCAGCCGGGUGAUGUCCCUGAGCUAACUGACCUGAGAGGCAAAUGGAUGAAACCACAACAGUUAAUUGAGGUAAAAACUCCUUGUUCUGCUGGAAAAUGAUCCUCUUAUGAACGGUCUUUGAUAUGCAAUGAUAGCUAUGAGAUGUGAUGGUGAAUUUUGAGCCUCUGUUUUUCAGUCAGUGAUAUGGGCGGCUCGGAAGAAAUAUUCCAAAUACUCCCAAUAGGGAGUCGACCCUAUGACCCUUUGGUUACUUGUCCAGAUGCUCUACCACUAAGCUACCGGGGACCCGAGGGAGCUAAGGCUACUAAACUAGGUUCAUGUGACAAACGUCCUGCAUACUGCUAGGACUAGAAUGAGAAUGUCGACAUGUGCUUAUGCGCAACGAUAGAUUUGAUGGUCAAUUUUUAUUUGUUUGUUUAUUUUUUAUUUCUUUUAGACUUUUGAUUCUUUGUUAUUGCUUGAUCACUGGUGUGUGACUAAGUUAGUUUAAACAUUUGUCAACUCUUUCUAGGCUAUGCAAAAGGCUGGUGUGAACGUGUUUCCUGCGGUGGAUGCUGAAAAAUAUGUCAGCAUAAACUCCAAGGUGCAUUUAUGUCUUAAUUAUUAGAGCUUGACUAGCACACAUAAUGAUUGCGAGUGCUUUUCGCAAAUCACUUGCUAUUUUGUUGACUCUAAUGUGCAGUUUUUCUCGCUAUCAGGAGGAAUGGUUAGAAGGCAGUAUUUAUAAAGAAAUGGCAUUAACAGCAUCAGCAUUUGCAUAUACAUGGAGUAAGUGGAAUGCUGACUGUGGCAAGGACAAAAUUAUCUUACAAGCUAUUGAGCAAUUACAGGAUGAACAACCUCUGGAGGUAAAUAAUCUCAUGCCCAGAUCAUGGGAUACAACCCUAAAAAUACCAAAGAUUGAAAGAUCAUUGAAUGGUUGCCUUCGAGCAAGUCCUCUAUUUCGAGUGGCGAGCCACGCAAGAACGCGUCUGCUCUCGCGUGCCACUCGCGCGUGGCUUCUCACGAUGGAUUGUUCAGUUGCUUUUUAGUGUCCUUAUGUAUUCUUUGUCGCUUUUGUUAAACAAAAACUGAAUUAAACUUAAGCGUAAUUGGCUUUUUUUUCAUCGUGAAGGAGGAUUGGUCGUUGUACAAUAUUGGUACACAUAGCUCUUGGAAGCUACGAAUGAAAGAAGAGGACAGUGAACUUUCUGAGGAUGUGGCUGAAAAUACACAGGUAAUAAAAUGUAUCGUAUACUUUGUCACUAUAUAUUUAGUUAGAAUUUUGUCCCUGUUGCAUGAUUAAACGUCUGGAAAUGAAAAAAAUGAUGAUAGUAGUAUUUUGGGUCGGCCAGGAUUUUUGGAUAUAUUGUAUAUAAGGGAAAUCUUAAACUGGGUAUCAGUAUUUUUCAGCUCAGUUUAGAACUAUUUUCAGGUAUAAGGCACAUCACGCUUCUUUGACUUUUGUAUGGGUAUAUUGAAAAAUAUGUUGGGGAAUGUUGAAUAUUUUUGAGGGGUAUACUGCUAUACCAGAUAUACCAAUACCACUCCUGGCUGACCCAUUGAAAGAAUGCCACAAAGAUAGGGCAAGACAAAUUUCAUUCCUUAGUCGGAAUCAAACCUCACCGUAGCUGAGUGGUGGUCUGUGUAACUGACUGUCAUGAAUAUCCGUACUGUGAUAGUUUACUAUUUCAGUGUUUUUUGUUGUUGUUGUUUUUUUGCAUCCCAUUGACGUCUUUUCUUUAAAGUCAGUGCAAACGGACCGAUGAUGACUUCUGCCGAGUUGUCGAUACUUCAGGCACUGUCAUAUCCUAAACAAAUAGUUAUCCUCAUUCCUGUAAAGGGAUUCCCCUCUUCACUAUUCGGUCUACUUAAAAUGAUGACUCCUGGGUUCAAACCAUUUACUUAUCGAAUUGUUUCUUGGCUUUUUCUAGCUUCACUCCGAUCUCUAUCAUAUGGUGUUGGAUGGAGCUUCAGAGGAAGCAGAGCAAAGAGUUAAAGACUCGCACUUCUUAUUUAUUGACUGUGUGUAUCGGUUGUUAAAUGCAACAAAAGUAAUUACAUACUCAUAACUAAAAUGGGUUUGUCGUGUAAAUAGCUCUCCGCUUAACGUAUCACCUUCUCUGAAUCAGAGGUCGUUGUACAGUUUCAAGUUCAGUAUGGUAUGUUAGGUCUAUAAGGAAGAUGGAAGCCGUGUAGUAAUAAUCACUUUUAUCAGUUGGAAUACAAAAUAUGUUUGCAUUGUCGAGAAUUCUUUUCAACGCCAUUGUACCUUUUACUGUAUUUAGUCCAUGGUAUAGAUCUUAAGAUAGUUUGCCUCUCGUGUUUGUAAAAAGGGUGUUUUUUUAAUUACUGAAGCUGCUGAAGCAAUCAUAAUUUGUAAGUAUUUAGUGACUGACUGCUUCUCGACAGCAAUAAAAGAUUUUUAAAAAUUGUCCAAUGAACGUCAUGCUUUGUAGACAGAACGUUCGGUAUUUGGGGUUUGAUACUAGAGGC